AUGACCGUGGACAGUCAACCAUCUGAUGGUACCGAUGAUUUUAAGUUUUUCGGUCUUGGAGGCUGUAAUGAAGUAGGAAGGUCUUGUCACAUAAUUGAAUAUAAAAACAAAGUCAUCAUGUUAGAUGCUGGUGUUCAUCCUGGUCUACAAGGGUUGAGUUCUUUGCCGUUCUAUGACGAGUAUGACUUAUCAAAGGUUGACAUUUUGUUAGUUAGUCAUUUCCACUUAGAUCAUGCUGCAUCAUUACCAUAUGUUAUGCAACAUACAAAUUUUAGCGGAAGAGUGUUUAUGACACAUGCGACUAAGGCUAUUUAUCGUUGGUUAUUAUCAGAUUUCGUGAAAGUCACUUCGAUUGGAGGAGGUAGUGAUGCAAGACUUAACAACUCAGAUCCUAAUGCAAAUACUGGAUCAAGUAAUUUAUACACAGAUGAUGAUUUGAUGAGGUCCUUUGAUAGAAUUGAAACCAUUGACUACCACUCUACGAUAGAACUUGAUGGUAUAAGAUUCACAGCUUACCAUGCUGGUCAUGUAUUGGGUGCAUGUAUGUACUUCAUUGAAAUUGGUGGUUUAAAAGUAUUGUUUACAGGUGACUAUUCUAGUGAAGAAGAUAGGCAUUUGCAGGUUGCAGAAGUGCCACCUAUGAAACCAGAUAUCUUGAUUACCGAAUCUACCUUUGGAACAGCUACACAUGAACCUAGAUUGGAAAAAGAAAAUAGAAUGACAAAUAUUAUUCAUUCCACCAUUUUAAAAGGGGGUAGAAUCCUAAUGCCUGUAUUUGCAUUGGGAAGGGCACAAGAAUUACUUUUGAUUCUUGAAGAAUAUUGGUCUCUUAAUGAAGAUUUACAAAACAUAAAUAUAUAUUACGCCUCUUCUUUAGCGAGAAAAUGUAUGGCUGUAUAUCAGACUUACACGAAUAUCAUGAAUGAUAGUAUUCGUCUUACAACAUCAGCAACCAAUUCAAGUAAGAAACAAAAUCCCUUCCAAUUUAAAUUCAUUAAGAACAUAAAAAAUUUAGAUAAGUUUCAGGAUUUUGGACCUUGUGUUGUUGUAGCGUCUCCAGGUAUGUUGCAGAAUGGUGUUUCUAGAGAUCUUUUAGAAAGAUGGGCACCUGAUCCUAAGAACGCGGUCAUCAUGACAGGUUACUCGGUGGAGGGUACAAUGGCAAAGGACUUAUUAACUGAGCCUCAUACAAUCCAAUCUGCGCUGAAUUCUGAUAUGACCAUCCCUCGUCGUUUAAAUAUUGAAGAGAUUUCAUUUGCUGCACAUGUGGAUUUUCAACAAAAUGCAAAUUUCAUUGAAAAAGUCAAUCCUCUGAAAAUUAUAUUGGUACAUGGGGAGAGUAAUCCUAUGGGUAGGUUGAAGUCAGCAUUGUUAAGUAAAUAUUCUUCACGUAAAGGAACAGAACAAGAGGUUAAGGUAUUCAAUCCUCGAAAUUGUGAUGAAGUGACGAUUGGUAUCAAAGGUUUGAAAGUGGCGAAGGUUUUAGGUACAUUAGCUGAAGAGCAGUUGUCAUACUUGAAGAAAGAAAUUAGUACUAAAAUUAAUGAAGGUAAUGUUAAAAUAGAAGAAUUAUCAGAUGGUGACAUGGAAAAAGAAUCAAAACCGGAUACUGAUGAAAAAGGAGAAAAGGAGUCUAAGAGUGGAGAAGAUGAUACCGAUAAAAAGGAAAAUGAAAAAGCUAAUGAUAAUAAUAUAAUAAGUACUGGCAAAGCAUUAUCUGGUGUCCUUGUUUCUAAAGAUUUUGAUUUGAAUCUUCUUCAAUUGCAAGAUUUGCAUGAAUUUACUCAAUUGUCUACGUCAAUUGUUAAAUCUAAGAUUAAUUUGAAGAUCAAUGCUGAUAUUUCUUUAAUGAAAUGGCACUUGGAGCAAAUGUUUGGUUUUAUUAGUAUAUUGGUAGAUGAUGAAGAAACAUGGGAAUGCGUAAUCAUGGACAUGAUUGAUAUCUCUGUUGAAAAGAAUAAUUCUCAGGGAGCUGGAGGUUUAUUGAUAAAUGUUGAAUGGGUUAAUGACAAUUUGAUGGCUGAUUCCUUAGCUGAUAGUGUGAUAGCUAUAUUGUAUUCUAUUGACUCGUCACCUGCAUCUGUCAAAUUGACUUCAAAGAGUUGUUCUCAUUCUCACACUAAGAUAAAAGAGGAAGUUAACGAUGAUGCUAUGAUCGAUUCAACACCUCCACCUGAAAAGAAUGCACACGCAAAUUCAGAGAUAUCUAGCCGUAUUCACCGUAUCACAUCUUUAUUGAAAGCACAGUUUGGUGAUUCUUUAAAGACUGCUGCUGGUGAAGAAGGCAAAAGGGCUAGUAUCGUAAUUGGUAAAAAUGAAGCUAAAAUUGAUUAUUUGAAUCUCACCGUCGAUUGUAACUCUCGAGUUUUGAGGGACCGUAUUGAAAACAUCAUUAAAAGAGGUUGUGAUUUGGCUGCUCCUCUAAGUCAAUACGAAAAGACUACAUAA